AUGCCUGGCACUCGAAAACAUCCGCAUACUCGCCAAGAAUGGGAGGCCAUUCGACCCAUCUUCACACGGCUGUACCAGAAGGAAGGGAAACGCCUUUCGGAGGUCAUGGAAAUCAUGGCUGCACGGGGCUUCCAUGCGAGGCAAGGUCCUAUACAGCUCCAUUAUAAGCAUCGCAUCACCAUCUGGGGCCUUGACAAGAAUAAGAAGGAGUCCGAUAUGGCAUUUGCAGCUCGUGUGGUCGAAGAACGACAAUCGCACGGCAAAGACACGAGGCUACGCAUUCGUGGUAGAACAUUCACUCCAACGGACGUCGAGAAGUAUUGGAAGCGGAAGCCAUUGAGCGUGGAGGACGCAGCGUCCGUUCCGCACACCCCUCCAUGCGUGGAGUACUGGACGCCAGCGCCAUCGCCAGCCAUGACGGGAUCCUCAGAACUAUCAACUUCCAGCACGCAGACAAGAAAAGGCAACGAAGUGGAAGACAUGGGCACAGACUUCCUGUCCCACGAUAUUCAGGCUUUAAUGAGCGUCGACGACUUGAACUCCACAGAGUUUGCUCAGUCGCCCAGCGUACCACCACUCAUGAUUCCCAAUUCUUUCAGAAUUCAGGAGAAACUGAUUUUCUGCGCCAAUGAGUAUACACAGGCUAGCUUUGAUCAUUAUUUGGGUAUGCGAAAUACUGAUUGGAGCCUCGCUGAGAAUACUCUAGUCAAAUUCUUGGAUAUGGCGAGUGACUGGCUUGGAACGGUAUACUACGGACGGAUGCCAUGCACCGCCGCAGUUCUCGAGCUUGAGAUUGGCAGGAUGAUUCCUGGAAUCUUGCGUCAAAAACCCCUUUUUCUGCUUCCAAGACUUCUGGCCCUAGGCCUUGUAGUCCAGGGCACCACAAGAUCCGACCAGUAUUGUCAGAGCUACAGAAAGUUAAUAAUGCUCUUGAAAGAACAAGCUGAAGCAGUGCUGCCAAGCGCUUUUCCAUUGACAAUUCUCUUGGAGUCAGUCAAUGAACUCCUCGAAGACCUUGCCCCCGAUAACGAAAAUGAUAUCCGAUCUCAUGCGAGAUUUCUGUUCAACCUGCUUUAGGCACGAUCAUUUUGUCUCAUAUCGGCUCUUUGUCACCCUGUCAGAUAAUGCUCUCGCACGGGAAGACUGGCUUGAUGGCCUGCGGUACGCACAGAAAGCUGAAGAUGCCGCUAUUCGUAUAGUGGGACCCAGCAACAAGCAUCAUCCAUGGGUGCUGGGAGCG